AAAUAAUAAAAUAAUAAAAUAAUAUUUUAAAAUUAAAAAAUAAAAUAAUAAAAAACCCCACCACUGAAAAAAGGCUCGCCCUCCCAUUUUCCACCCCUUCCUUUCUCAGAUCUCUCUCCCUCUCUCUAACCCCAAAACCCUAAAACCUCCGAUCUCGCAAGCUACCUCUUCUCCAGCGAAAAUCCCCCUCAUUGCCUGGACCGGAUUCGGACGCUUCGAGCCGGGUUCUCCGGCAUCCGGCCCGGUCUCCUGAGCGGUUGUGGAGGGGGAGAGAUGUACAAGAAUCAGCUGCAGGAGCUGGCACAGCGGAGCUGCUUUAACCUUCCGUCGUAUUCGUGUAUUAGGGAAGGGCCGGACCAUGCGCCGAGAUUCAAGGCCGCCGUUAACUUUAACGGCGAGAUCUUCGAGAGCCCUAACUUCUGCACGACGUUGAGGCAGGCCGAGCAUUCUGCCGCUGAGGUUGCUCUUAAUUCGCUCUCCAACAGAGGGCCAUCGCAUUCGCUUGCUGCUAGGAUCUUGGAUGAGACAGGGGUUUACAAGAAUCUAUUGCAAGAGAUUGCACAAAGAGUUGGAGCACCACUGCCGCUGUACACAACCUUCCGCUCUGGCCUAGGACACCUACCUGUUUUCACAUGUGAGGUUGAGUUGGCUGGAAUCACAUUCACAGGAGAAUCAGCCAAGAACAAGAAGCAAGCAGAGAAGAAUGCUGCCAUGGCUGCAUGGUCAUCGCUAAAAAAAUUGGCACAGCAAGCUGCAACCUCAUCAUCAGAUACAGAGACCAAUGAUGAGCAGGAACAGAUAACGAUAGCAAGAGCUCUGUUGAACUACCGCCUAAAGACAAAAAUGGCAAUGGAAACGGCAAACACGCCCCAUGCACUUCCAUUUCCAAAGAAGUUCCCAAUGCAAGACCAAAAGUCAUCUACCACUCCUCCUGCAGCCACUGGAUCAAAGAUCCUUCCAUUAAUCCGUCCUAAACCAGCCCCGAGGAACAGGCUGACUCCUGCAAUGAAUGAUGGGCCCCUGUCGUCAACGUCACCCUUCUUACUACCAGAUAAUCGUGGGGCCCGUCCACAGAAGUUCCCAGCAGCCGGAGCAGCACCAUAUGUCCCUGUGCGGCACUACCGGCCGCCAUACCAUGGGAUGGCACCACCAGUUACAAUAAGAACUGCAGUGCCAGUGUACUCUGCCCCACCACUCCCGCAGCCACCCGGCAGGUCCGCACAGCUAAUGGCAUCAGCUGUGCGUGUUGCCCCUCAAGUUCAUAUUAGGACGGCAGUGCCAGUAUUUGCUGCUCCACACCCCUCAGUUCAGAUAGAAGAGCUGCCGGUCUUCAUGGGUCAACCCCCACCAAACAAGCCAUCAGUUAGAAAAGAAGAGCUACCAGGUUUAGUAUCUCCUCCCCCACUGAAUAAGCCAUCAGUUCAGAUCGAAGAGCUGCCAGUUGUAGCCAGCUCUCCGCCACCAAACAAACCAGUGGUUCAGAUAGAGGAGAUUGGGAAUGCAGCAGCAAAUGAUUUGCAGGAAUCAGCAGCAGUACAGAGUUUGAAGCAGAUGAAAAUCUGAUGUCGGGAGGAUUUGGAUCCUCAGGGAACUGUUCUUUUUUCUUCUUUUUUUCCCCUGCCCUUUUUUUUUUUUUGAUUUUCCAUUCUGCGCUUUGUGUUUGUUUUGCAUCAUCCCAGUCUUCCUUUUUUUGAUUGUUGCACAUUGUCUUGGGGUUAGUUACAGCAACAAUCUCAAUCCUCAGGCAAUUACAAAAAAAAAAAAAAGCAGGUCUGGUUUUAUA